AGCGCGUGUCCGCUGCCCAAUGACAGCGCAGGAUGCUUGACUGGUGUGAAUGGAGUUGCUGUCUCUGAAAGGUGAUGGAGAGGAAUUAACUGUAGGAAAAGAUCUGUUGACAUUGAGGCCCUCCACCCACACAGGCAAGCAGUGAGCCACCUAUGUGUCUCGCAGAGAGAGAGUACACUGUGAUCGUUGCAGCGCGCCCCUGGUAAGGACCCUGUGGCGUGCGUCCGGCCAGCCCAGGCCACACCUCCCUCACCCAGGACAUGUACGGCAGUGCCCGAGCAGUAGGCCACAUCGAGAGCAGCCCUGCACGGUCCCCACGACUGCCUAGGUCCCCCAGGCUGGGUCACCGGAGGGCCAGUAGUGGGGGUGGAAGCAGUGGAGGGGGCAAGACGCUCUCCAUGGAGAACAUCCAGUCGCUGAACGCUGCCUACGCCACAUCCGGGCCCAUGUAUCUGAGCGACCAUGAGGGAGUGGGCUCCACCGCCACCUACCCCAAGGGCACCAUGACGCUGGGGCGUGCCUCCAACCGGGCCAUGUACGGGGGGCGUGUCACGGCCAUGGGCAGCAGCCCCAACAUUGCCACGGUGGGGCUGGGCCACCACACUGACCUGCUGUCCUACAGCGACCUAGGCUCCCUGUCCAUGCUGCAGCACCACCACCACCACCAGGGGGUGCCGUCUGCCCUGCUGCGGCAGGCGGUACGGGGUGGUGGGGGGGAGUUGCUGGAGAUGCAGGCCACACUCCGGGACAUGCAGCGGGAGAAUGACCUGCUUAGGAGAGAGCUGGACCUGAAGGACAGCAAGCUGGGCUCGUCCACCAACAGCAUCAAGAGCUUCUGGAGCCCCGAGCUGAAGAAGGAGAGGAUGAUACGUAAGGAGGAGGCGGCGCGCACCUCCGUCCUCAAGGAGCAGAUGAGGGUCACUCACGAGGAAAACCAGCACCUGCAGCUGACCAUCCAGGCCCUGCAGGAUGAGCUGAGGACCCAGAGGGAUCUGAACCACCUGCUGCAGGAGAGUGGCGGCCGCUCUGGGGAACACUACACCAACAUCGAGCUGACCGAGGAGAACUUUAGACGACUGCAGGCCGAGCACGACCGCCAGGCCAAAGAGCUCUUCCUCCUGAGGAAGACCUUGGAGGAGAUGGAGCUGCGGAUGGAGACUCAGAAGCAGACGCUGGGGGCCAGGGACGAGUCUAUCAAGAAGCUGCUGGAAAUGCUCCAGAGUAAGGGUCUGCCUGGGGGGCCAGGCAGGGUCAAUGAGGAGGAGGAGCAGGAGAGGGCCAGGCGCAUCGCUGAGGCCGAGGCACAGCUGGGACACCUGGAGGUCAUCUUGGAUCAGAAGGAGAAGGAGAACAUCCACCUCCGAGAGGAACUGCACAGGAGAAACCAGAUGCACCAGGACCCUGGCAAAACCAAAGCCCUCCAGACCAUCAUAGAGAUGAAGGAUACCAAGAUAGCGUCUCUGGAGCGCAACAUCAGGGACCUGGAGGAUGAGAUCCAGAUACUGAAGGCUAACGGCUUGCUAAACACCGAGGACAGAGAGGAGGAGAUCAAACAGAUGGAGGUCUACAAGAACCACUCCAAGUUUAUGAAGACCAAGAUUGACCAGCUGAAGCAGGAGCUGUCCAAGAAGGAGUCUGAGCUGCUGGCCCUGCAGACCAAGCUGGAGACCCUGAACAACCAGAACUCAGACUGCAAACAGCAUAUAGAGGUUCUCAAAGAGUCCCUCACUGCUAAGGAGCAGCGCGCUGCCAUACUGCAGACAGAGGUGGACGCCCUGCGCCUGCGCCUGGAGGAGAAGGAGUCCUUCCUGAACAAGAAGACCAAGCAGCUGCAGGACCUGACGGAAGAAAAGGGUACACUGGCCGGAGAGAUUCGAGACAUGAAGGACAUGCUGGAGGUCAAGGAGAGGAAGAUCAACGUCCUGCAGAAGAAGAUUGAGAAUCUACAGGAGCAGCUGUGUGAUAAGGACAAGCAGCUGGGGAACCUGAAGGACAGGGUGAAGUCUCUGCAGACUGACUCCAGUAACACUGACACUGCCCUGGCCACCCUGGAGGAGGCACUCUCUGAGAAGGAGCGGAUAAUAGAGAGACUGAAGGAGCAGAGAGCGAGGGAGGACAAUGAGAGGAUUGACGAGGUGGAGUCCUAUAAGAAGGAGAACAAGGACCUCAAGGAGAAAGUCAACACCCUCCAUAUGGAAUUAACAGAGAAGGAGUCCUGUCUCAUUGACCUGAAGGAGCAUGCCUCCUCCCUGGCCUCCUCCAGCCUGAAGAAAGAAUCUAAGCUCAAGUCUCUGGAGAUGGCCAUCGAGCAGAAGAAAGAGGAGUGUAGCAAGUUGGAGACACAGUUACAGAAGCAAGCAGAGCAGCUGUUCACUCAGAUGAACAACCCUAAGGCCCAUGAGGUCCAGCAGCAGCAGGUGGGAGUGGGCUCCAGGGGGAACCCAGAGUAUGUGGAGCGGGAGCAGCGAGUCAAGGUCCUAGAGAAGGAGGUUUCCUACUAUAAGGAGGAGUCUGGCAAGGCCCAGGCCGAGGUGGAUAGGCUACUAGCCAUCCUCCGAGAGGUGGAGACUGAGAAGAACGACAGGGAUAAGAAGAUCGCCGAGCUGGAAAGCCCCCCUCACCUUGCCCCUGUCCCUCGCCCUGGUUUUGGCCCUGGCCCCGUCCCUCGUCACGGUCCCGGUGGUAGAGCUCCCCCUGACCCGCUCCCCCCUGUGUCCGCUGCCCCCCAGCAGAUUGGGGGCAUGGUGUGGGACUUCCUGGGAAACCUAGCUCCCAGGCAGACCAAGGAGCAGGUUACUAAGAAGGGGGGUCCCAACCUCAAACUGGGCCCCCAGGGGGAAAAGAAGCCUGGUCAGAUAAUGGGGGACCCUCGAAAAGACAACACCAUGGACCUUGGUCAGCAUCUGAAGUUGGAGGAGAUGAUGAACACCCUAGAGAGAACUAGACAGGAGCUGGAUGCCACCAAGCAGCGCCUCUCGUCUACCCAGCAGUCCCUGCAGGAGAGGGACGGUCACCUGACCAACAUGAGACAGGAGCGCAGGAAACAGCUGGAGGAGAUCCUGGAGAUGAAACAACAGGCCCUGCUGGCAGCCAUCAGUGAGAAGGAUGCUAACAUUGCUCUGCUAGAGCUGUCUGCCUCUGGGAAGAAGAAGACCCAGGAAGAGGUUCUGGCUCUGAAGAGGGAGAAGGACAGAUUGAUGCACCAGCUAAAACAGCAGACACAGAGCAGGAUGAAGCUGAUGGCAGACAACUAUGAAGACGACCACUACCACCCCCAUCCUCCCUUCCAUUCCCUACCCCAGCAACCCCACCCGGGUCUCCAGGCUCAGUCCCCCCAGCCCCAGUACCAGCACCCGCCACAUCCCCAGCAGCAGCACGCCCCGUACCCCCAUGCCCCGCACCCCCAGCCCCCACCCCAACAACACCCUCACCCCCAGCAGCAUCAACAGCACCCCAACACCAACCACGGCCCCAGCACCCGCUGCAAGCCCAGCAGCCACACCCACACCCACAACAACAACAACACCCCCACCCAGGACAGCAUCCUCACGGGCCUCCGCCACAGCAGCAGCACCCCCACCCCCAACAGCACCCACAGCCACACCUUCACGGCCCCCUGCAGCAAGCCCCCCACCCCCAGCACCCACACCCCCAACACCCCCAGCAGCAUCCCCAUCACCCCAUACCCCAUGCCCCGCAACAGCAAGGCGGCCACCCCCGCCACCCGCCCCCCACACCACCGCGGAGGACCAGGGCCUGCCAGAGGACCCCCCCAUGCCGGCCACCGCCCCUCCCACGACCAGGAUGAUGAGGAGGGCAUUUGGGCAUAAUCGUGCCAAUGAUGACAACCAAAGCUCUGAUGUUGUUCUGAGGGAUGAUUCAGUCACUAUUGGAGGAGCACAGCCAUGCCAUGAUGCUGAAACACAUUGACUACCUGACCAAACAUUUUUUACUACCACACAAUCCACACUUCAAAAUGGGGCCUUUAUUUUGACUGAGGAUGAGGAAGAUGAUGAAGAAGAGGAGGGAUGAAGCAGGUGGGAAGGCCAGACGAGGAGACUGAUGGUUGAGCAGAUGACUGAGGAGCCAUCAUGUGAAGAGCACUCUACAGACAUUGGAGAAACUGGCCAGAUCUUUGAGAGUGACUCUGUGGAGGAUGAGUGGCCCUACACAAACACAGAGGUGCUUUCUGUGACGUUAAACUGGGUUGGACAGACUGGGUCCCCCUCAGACAAACACAGACAGACAGACAGACAGAUGAGCUGUCUGGUCUCAGCUCCGUGGUCCUGCUCACACAGCCAAACUCACACAGCCACUCUGGCCCAGUUGUCAAGCUGCUCAGCUCACCUGUUGCCCCCCAUUCUCACCAACCUGCGCCUAAUUGGUUCACUCUCCUAACUCCACCUUGCUUACCUGAGGUGCCCUGUUUACCUGAUUUGCCCCACCCUGUUCCUCCCCGGCUGGUUCUGAUUGGCUCCCCCUGCCUGUCAGUCUCCUCCCUACUUACUGACAGUCUGUCUUCACAGUGCUUAUUUUACUCAUUUGUAGUUUUUUGUUGUAGUUUUCUCUUUUUCCAGAGAUAGCCUGUCUCUUCCCACAUAUUUUAUGAAGUGCCAUACAGUUACAGCUUUAGUUUACUUUUAAAUUGUUGUGCUACUUAUUUUUAUCUUCUAAUUACCUUUUGUUGAGUGUGUUUCAUCUGCAGUACAUGACUAUGGCUAUGAGUGUUUUGUGUUAAGUGCAUCAGAACAAGGAAGAGGAACCAAUAGGCAGCCACUACAGCGCUUAUCCGACCAAUGGGCAGCCACUACAGCUCUUAUCGGACCAAUGGGAAGCCACUACAGCUCUUAUCUUACCAAUGGGCACCCACUAAAGUUCUUAUCAGACCAAUAGGCACCAACUAUAGCUCUUAUCUGACCAAUGGGCUUGCCUGUAGUACUGAAGGUUUACUUGUGCCGUUAAUGUGCAGUCUGGCAUGGCCUUAUGGGUAGGGCCCUGUACCAGGGGUUUGCUGGGCCUUUGGGCUUGGGGCUUCCAACUGUGUAUCUAUCCUGUUACCUCAGUUGAUGUCACAGUUAAAACUCCAAUCUAUGCAGAUGUCAGAACUAAUAAUGCAGCUUUUAUUCAGUCAUGAGUCAAGGGCACCAAUCAAAAAGCAUUUAGAUGUCUUAAACCAGUACCAAUCAGAAUGGUAUUUUCAGAACAUACACCAAUCAGAUUACAUGACGGUUUGUUUCUCAGCAUCAUAUGCACCUAUGCACCUUCCUCUCCCCUGUUUCAGGGAUACUUCUAAUGGUGCUUUUAGAUCACUGGUGCUCACAACAUGAUGUUCAACCAGAGACACAGCCAAGGGACACGGCCAUUGGAUGUUGUGCAAUCAUGUCACUAAAUCGGGAUGUUGAUCCCAUAACCUGGCUUGCUUAUGAACUGUAGAAGACUGGAUUGUACGUAGGAUCAGAUGGAGAGAUUUUAUAUGUGUAAUGGCAUCCAUGGACACCCAGGUGUAUGAGACUUCCUGCCAUACCUUUAUAGCCGUCUCUCCGGCUCAUCGUCUCCCUACUCCCUCCUCUUCUUCAUGACCUCUUUUCUCAUCCUCUCUUCUUCUAUUUCAGCAGUCAUAGUCUGUGCUAACCCAAACCCAAGCCUAGUGACUCGUUUAUGUUCUUCUCAACAAGGUGGCCUUGUGCCUUGUUCAUAUUAUAUACAUAUUAUAGAUAUAUAUAGAAAGAGAUCUAAAGUCUACAUGUCUAUGUGGUCAGAAUAUUGUGCCAGGAAAAAAAUAAUGAGGAUAAAAAUACAUGUUUUUUUUGUUGUUGUUCAAACAGGCCUAAGGUUUGUUUUAACCGUAUUUAGUGUGUGGAGUAACGUUUGUGACUUUCCUUUGUUUUGUACAUUACAAGAAAAAAAACAGCACUCAACAUUCCCUGUAUGAAAACAGACUGGCUCUCACUAAGGAAAGUCUAGCCUUGAGACAGUCCAAAGGCAAGAAGACUAUUUCAUUCUCAUUUAGAAGAGCUCUUACAUUCCUGCUACAGCGUGAGAAAUAUUUUUUGAGACACACACACAAUCACUAUAGUAUCAGUGAGAUUACUUCUUAAACUUGCACUUGGCAGUGAGGACUAUCACUACCAUUGUUAAAGUGGAUGGUUGGAGUGACUCCGUCAUUACAGAUGCGUUAUCCAGUCUCAGUGUUGUGUGUUUGUUUGUUGUCAAUGUCAUUGUCCCAGUGUAUCCAGAUGUGGUGGUAAACAUGACAGUUGAGUGUGUAGAGAACAACAAAAACACAUCUAUUGGCAAAACCCUCCCCCUCCGCCACUGCCACCACUAACCCCCCUCCAUCACUACCACCACUAACCCCCGUCCAUCACUACCACCACUAACCCCCCUCCAUCACUACUACC